CUUUGCAGACGCCGCCACAUCGGAACUUCCCGCGCAGCCCAACCAUGGUCAACCCUACCGUGUUCUUUGACAUCGCCGUCGACGGCGAGCCCUUGGGCCGCGUCUCCUUCGAGGUAAGGGACCUGGAAACCAAGAAGUGACUGCUCAUCCAAUCCAUAAAGCUAUGUUAACAGAUUGGAGGUAGUAGCAUUUUCAUUACCAGUGACUAAAAUUACAGCUAUUUACUCCCUGAUCGUGCAGGAGUACUUGCUAUUCUUGAAAGUUCUUGUCUUUAGGUUCAAGUUGAAGUUGGGGGAGGUGAUGUACCUUUGAGAGACCAUCUAUCUGUUUAGAAGUAGGUGUGAUACACAUAAAAGUUUUAAGUCACUUUUUAGAAGCCUCACACUAUCUGAGUCAUUCCUGGUUCUGGAGUUUUGGCAUGUCUUUGGGUGUCAUGUUGCUAACCCAACCCCGCAGGACCUUAAGGCUGUCAGGAGCCGUUCUUAUUUGGGAUUCAAAGUAAUUACUGAAGAAGCAUUCUCUUCUAGUGAGAAAAUGAAUUUAUGAUUCAGAGGCCCCUAAAGACAAGGGUACUAAGCAACAAAAUAUGUAAGCAGAUGUUUUUCAUUAACUGUCAUUUUCUCUUACAGCUGUUUGCAGACAAAGUUCCAAAGACAGCAGAAAACUUCCGUGCUCUGAGCACUGGGGAGAAAGGCUUUGGUUAUAAAGGUUCCUGCUUUCACAGAAUAAUUCCGGGAUUUAUGUGCCAGGGUGGUGACUUUACACGCCAUAAUGGCACUGGUGGCAAGUCCAUUUAUGGGGAGAAAUUUGAUGAUGAGAAUUUCCUCCUGAAGCAUACGGGUCCUGGCAUCUUGUCCAUGGCAAAUGCUGGCCCCAACACAAACGGUUCCCAGUUUUUCAUCUGCACUGCCAAGACUGAGUGGUUGGAUGGCAAGCAUGUGGUCUUUGGCAAGGUGAAAGAGGGCAUGAAUAUUGUGGAAGCCAUGGAGCGCUUUGGUUCCAGGAAUGGCAAGACCAGCAAGAAGAUCACCAUUGCUGACUGUGGACAAAUCUAAUAAUAAAUUUGACUUGUGUUUUAUCUUAACCACCAGACCAUUCCUUCUGUAGCUCAGGAGAGCACCCCUUCAUCCCCAUCUGCUCCAAAUAUACUAUAAUCUUUGUGCUCUCAUUGCACUUCUUUGGGUUCCAUAUUUUCCUUAUUCCCCUCCAAGUUUAGCUGAAUUGCAAAGUUAAGUUUAUGGUUAUGAAAUAAAGACUAAACAACCGUUGUCUGUCCUUGUUUGGUUAGGGUAUUGAUGUAGAUUUCAUUUUUAAGCAGCAACACGUUACUUCUAAGACAACAGUUGCUGUGUUUGUUUAAAAGUAUCUUGUUUUUUUGCUUCCCUGAUCCAAGAAUAAAGUUUUGCUGAUCGAGUA